CACAGCUACAGCAGCAGGCAAUAGCUGUGCCUCACUCCGCUCGCCAUCACACCACUGCGAGACAGCGCAGCACAGGCUGCCGCCCCGGGAGAAUCCAAGGCGACGCAGGCAGGAGCCCCUCGUCGCCGGCGUCCAUGGGCGGCGCCGCGGGCGAGGCCAUGAGGGCCGGGGUUGUGGUGGCGGCGGUGGUGGUCUUUUUGGCUGUGGCUUCGGGUGCGGAGGGAGCGCUGCCGAGGUUCGCGGAGGCGCCGGAGUAUCGGAACGGGGAAGGCUGCCCCGCGGCGGCGGCCGGGGUGUGCGACCCAGGGCUGGUGCACAUCGCCAUGACGCUGGACGCGCACUACCUGCGGGGCUCCAUGGCGGCGGUGUACUCGCUGCUCAAGCACGCGUCCUGCCCGGAGUCCAUCUUCUUCCACUUCUUGGCCGCCGCGGCGGGCGGCGGCGGCGCGGAGGGGGAGGAAUCGGAGCUGCUGCGGCGCGCGGUGGCGGCGUCGUUCCCGUCGCUGCGGUUCGAGAUCUACCCGUUCCGCGCCGAGGCCGUGGCUGGGCUCAUCUCGGCGUCCGUGCGCGCCGCGCUGGAGGCGCCGCUCAACUACGCGCGGAAUCACCUGGCGGACCUGCUCCCGCGCUGCGUCCCGCGGGCGAUAUACCUUGACUCCGACGUGCUCGCCGCCGACGACGUGCGGCGGCUCUGGGAGACGCGCCUGCCCGCCGCCGCCGUGGUGGCUGCCCCCGAGUACUGCCACGCCAACUUCUCCCGCUACUUCACGCCGGCCUUCUGGUCCGACCCGGAGCUUGGCGCGCGCGUCUUCGCCUACCGCCGCCGCCCGCCCUGCUACUUCAAUACCGGCGUAAUGGUCAUCGACCUCCGCCGCUGGCGCGCCGGCAACUACCGCCAACGCAUCGAGCGCUGGAUGGAGAUCCAGAAGGAGAAGCGCAUCUAUGAGCUGGGCUCCCUGCCCCCGUUCUUGCUCGUCUUCGCCGGCGAGGUGGAAGCCGUCGACCACCGCUGGAACCAGCACGGCCUCGGCGGUGACAACGUGCACGGCAGCUGCCGCCCGCUCCACGACGGGCCCGUCAGCCUCAUGCACUGGUCAGGCAAGGGCAAGCCCUGGGACCGCCUCGACGCCGGCAGGCCGUGCCCGCUCGACUACACGUGGAAGUCAUACGAUCUCUACGUCCCCGGUGACGGCGGCGCCGCUGCCUCGCUGGCGUCCGGACCGGCAUUGUCCUUUGCAUUGCCCGCAUCCGUGUUUUCUUGGUAGAGGGGAGCAUGUAGUUCCAUAGGCUCCAUUGAGUGGUUCUUGGCAAUUGCAAUGUGCUCCAUUGCAUUGCAUUGCUGCUGCUAUUGCCGCCGCCUCUGUGAGCUAGCUGCCGCUAGUGGUGGGCUGUACAGGGCGAUGAAGGGAGCGGCGGUGGCGAUGGCAGCGCAACGAGAAGAGGGAUGAGUUGAUAGAGAAAGGGCGCUCUUGUUCUUUUGUGUAGAAUUCAGAUUGGUUAUUUGGUGGAUUUUGAUUCUUUU